AUGCCUGCUUCAUGCGCUGCUUGGGGCUGUACACAUCGCCGCACAUUUGAAAACAGGUCUCGGGGAAUUACUUUUCACAAGUUUCCAAAAAACAAAGAGUUGAAGAGACCGUGGGAAGUAGCUGUACGAAGGCAAGGUUUUUCCGCAAGCGAUUUCUCUGUGCUAUGCAGUGAGCACUUCAACUCGGAUGACUUUGACAGGACAGGUCAGACUGUCAGGAUUAGGGAUGGAGCUAAACCAUCAGUCUUCAGUUUCCCGACUCAUCUACAAAGACCCGUUGCAACCAGGACUACACAAGCCUCAAGGAAAGCUGAGGAAAGCCUGUCAGUGGCCUGUUCUCAGCAUUUCCAAGAGACGGAUCCUGCUCUGCCUAUUGCUGAACACACCUAUGCAUUGGCUGCAUCUCCCACUGGUUUAAAGGCCAGACUCUGUGAAGCCUUGGCUAGAGUGGAGAGUCUGGAGCGAGAGAAGAGGAAUGUGAAGGACCGAGAAGAG